CGCACGUAAAAUGUUGAAGCUCGAUCUCGAAAUUCUCGAAUCGAUCGUUUUACUGGAAUGGUGCUUCUGAAAGUCGACAGGAAUGAAAUACACGAUGCGUGUUUUAGAAAAAAUAUUUUUCAUAGAAAAUGGCCUUUUCGCAACAGUGUGGUUGGGAUGCAGAUAUUCUGUUUGUUUUGGAAGUUGACAAAAGACCUUGUCUUUACGACAUGAGAAUAAAAGAAUAUCGCAAUCAGAACUUCCGGCAAAUGGCAUGGAAAGAAAUCAGCGAAAUUUUAAAUAUCCCAGAAGCUUCCUGUCCUGCCAAGUGGAAGUCCAUAAGAGACAAAUACCUCCGAAUUUAUAAAAAAAGUGGAUCAGGAGCAGACGUUAUAAUAGAAGAUCCCACAUGGAUUGUGAGCAAAUAUCUGAGUUUCCUCAAUCCUUGUUUAAAACCAAAAAGGACUACAGGAAACUUUAGUGAGUUUCUAUCAAGAGAAACUCCUCAGACCUCCCAGUCAGAGACAUCAACGCAGGAGGACACCUAUAUGCUAUCAGGCACAGUGCAGGACAUGACUGAAACCAUCAUAAUGGAAAAUCCAAGUUUGGAGACUUAUAUUGAGUUAAAUCCAAUUGUCACCGACAGCGCAGAAAUAGCUUCACAGAGUUCCGACAUGACAGAUUCUGCUACAACUUCAAGAGAUGCUGUUCCUGGAAAACGAAAAUGUGUUCCUUCAAAUCAAUCAACCAUGGAGUCGGAUGCAGACAGGCUGUUUCUAUUAAGUCUGUUACCAGAUUUUAUGAAGAUUAAUCCGUGCAUUAAAAAUAAUGUUAAAAUUGAAAUCAUUAAAUUAAUAGAUAAUGCACAAGAACAUUGAUGCACGGUUCUGAAUGUGUACAAAUGUUACUUGAAUUUUGUUUAAAAAUAAUAUUCAAAGUUUUGUUAUUUUUUUUGCAUUCAGUUUACAUUAACUACAUGCCAAUGUAGUUUACAGUAUGUAUG